UGACUCUCUGGACGGCAACUUGACUCCACGCACCAGGCGCAGCACCACAGUCUAUGACACUUAAACCAGGUUUCAGAAGUCUGUAUUUAUCAUCUAUCUCGAUCAGUUUAAAGGCGCUUCUACAGCGGUAAUUCUGCAGGGUGAUGAUGCUGAGCUCUAAACUGCUGACCCUGGUGCUGGUAGUGCAGCCUGGCCGGGUGUUAUUGGGCAUGAAGAAAAGAGGCUUUGGAGCGGGCAAAUGGAAUGGGUUUGGAGGGAAAGUCCAGACCGGAGAGACCAUAGAGCAGGCUGCCCGACGGGAGCUGCUAGAGGAAAGUGGCCUCACUGUUGACACCCUUCUCAAGAUUGGAAAUAUCAAAUUUGAGUUUAUUGGGGAAACAGAACUGCUCGAUGUCCACAUUUUCAGAGCUGACACCUAUAAAGGAGAGCCAACCGAAUCAGACGAGAUGAGGCCACAGUGGUUUGACACAGACAAAAUACCUUUCAGCCAGAUGUGGGCAGAUGAUGUCCAGUGGUUCCCACUGAUGCUUCAGAAAAAGAAGUUCUUGGGAUAUUUUAAAUUCCACGGUCAUGAUGUGAUAGUGGAGCAUAAACUGGAGGAGGUGGACGACGUUUGAUUGGGGUUUUUAAUACCAUUGAUGGACAUUGUCACUGUAUCAGUGGAAAUUAUCCAGCAAAAUCUGAUGUUCACAC